CACAUACGCACCCUCACCACCACUCACGUCGCUAGUCAUGUCUCGCGGAGGUCGUGGCGGCCUCGCAGGCGGUGCCGGCAGAAUGGGCGGCAAAGACCUGCCAUUCACAGUCGACGCCGACCUCGAGGAUCAAGUGCUCGCGUACCACAACGAGAUGAACGAUGAGGAAGAAUGGACGAAGACGCUCUACCCGCCCAUGAACAUCUUCCACGCCCCGCCACCCACUGCUCGCGAGAAGCGACUCGUGAGCGCCCUCCGGGAAUACCGCAACGCCGCGCGCAAUGGACCGUACUUUAUCGACUCUCCGGCUGCGGGCAAGCGCGACCUCGCAGAGUUCAACGCCUUUGAAGACGUCGCCACCUACAGUAACAAGCGUGCUAAGCCGACUGGUGGUCUGCCGAAUCUGAAGAAACUGCCGAUCGUCAAGAGCCUUUUGCCGCGCGAGUUGUGGGACUUGUGCGACGACGACGACGAGGAGAACGGAACAACAGAAGGCGAGGCCCCAAAGAAGAACCUCAACUUCCUCAAGAAGAAACGCCUCGACAAACUCGCGCAAUUUGAUGACGAUGCCGACGAUGCCGCCGCUGCUGACAAGGAUGAUGACGACGAAGUCAACGAGAACGAAGACGGCGGAGAAGACGAGGUCGAAGAGCUCCGCGACGACGACUUCUCCGAGGACGACGACGAUCUCGGCAACGACUACAACGCCGAGAAGUACUUUGACGAUGGCGACGGAGCCGACGAUGAUGGCGACGGAGGAGAUGGCGGUGGCGGCGAAGACGCAUGGUAAAUUCGUGGCAGCGUUUCUUGAUCAACCUGAUGGGUCUGAUCAAGCAUCUCUCUUAUUCCCCUUGCAUCAAUGCCCUUUCCGUGAGACAUCAAUGUCGUGCGUCCAUUCUCCUGCGAGUCUGGAUGCACGUCUAGCGAAGCAGGAGUUUCUGGGCUAGGGACAAAGCUAUCCUGAAUAGCGAGGAUGCUACUCUGAUGGGUAAGGAGAGAGCGUCUUCUACGCUAGAGGACUGCAGUCUCGCCAUGUCAUCAGACAAUAUAGUGAAGAUACUACAUUGUCGAGCUGUGGGCAGCUGCAGUUCUUGGCGGCAGGAAGUGUUCCUGGAACCUCGAACGCUCGUCGAAGCGUGUCACCACCCCCUUUUCGUAUAUCUCUUUCCGUCUCCAUGCUACUCUCGCUCGGAAUCCUCUCCGGCCCAUUGCAACGUGAGCUCCGAGUUCCUAACACCCCAGUGCAGUAACGAAUUCGUGCCAGAAGUGCCAGGUGCUCGCGCUCUACCUCCGAAGGGAAAACGAGUCAAGCAGUAUUCCAGCUGGAAGCACCCCUGGGGCUAUCCCCACCGCUACAAAGAUCCUUUUUGUGCAAGAAGUAGAGCUGCUGAUGCCGCCGAUCAUCUGGAGCACCGUCAGCGGGAGCUGGCUGGCCGGCCAGGACCACUUGACGAGGAGGACCCGAUGGCUUGACCUACUCACUCGCUCCCAACCAAUUUUUGUUGGGUAGCCAGCCAUUGUGCAGGCGCGAAAGAGAGAUGCUUGGCAUAAUCGUGAUGACUUGUUUACCUGUACGAGUCUUCUCGACAAGCGGCUUCGUUGCUUUUACCAGAUGAGCAGCAGAUGGAUGUUUCUUGGUGCUCGGAUAGAAGCCUGUGUUGGUAUGGGUCAGAACCUGGGGGUCUUCUUCGUAGCCAAUCAGGGAGCAAGGAAUUUGAGGGGUGCCAUGUGGGGUUACACGCCUCCUCUAUCACCGUUCUUCAAUUUUUCCAUCAUCCAUUCUCCU